UAUGUGUACUGUGUGUAUCUGUGUGUGUGUGUGUAUGUGUACUGUGGGUGUAUGUGUGUGUAUAUGUGUACUGUGUGUGUAUGUAUAUGUGUACUGUGUGUGUAUGUGUGUGUAUAUGUGUACUGUGUCUAUCUGUGUGUGUGUGUGUGUGUGUGUGUGUGUGUGUGUGUGUGUGUGUGUGCAGAGGGUACUAGGUGCCCUGAUCUCACUUCCCACAUUAUUCUUUUCAGACAGGGUCUCUCACUGAACCUUGCUCAUGACCACCAAGCCCCGGGACUCCUCCUGUGCCCCCCAUUCUCAGCACUGGGGUUAGACAUGGGCACCCAGACUUCAUGUGGGUCCUGGGAUUCAAACCCAGGUCUUCAUUCUUGUGAAACCGGUGCUCUAGCCCCUCCUCCUGAGACCCCUCUUUGGGAGACAUUCACUAACGUCGGCAGAGCUUGCUGCUUUGGGCAGACUGACUGGCCUGGAGCGGAGCAUCUGCCUGGCUCUGCCUCCCAGUGCAAGGGCUGCAGGCCUGUGUUCUUGAGUCCUCACACUCACACGGCAAGCCCUUUACCAGCUGAGCUGUCUCCCUCGCCUCCCUCUUUUGAGACAAUCCUGCAAUGAAGCCCAGACUAGCCUAGAGCUCCUAGACUCCAGCAGUCCUCCUGCCUCUUUAUUUAAGUUUAUUUGUUUAAGUUCUCACCAUAGCCCAGACUAGUCUAGAACUUCUGGAAGCCCCACUAGGGAGACUCUCCCAGGCUCUCUACCAUGGAAGCCAGGAGCUGUCCAAGUCCCCAUGUGAACCCUUUGGUGGAGUCCCCAGGUCUGCCAGGGUGACUUUUCCUCAAGCCCAUGCAGCAAAAACACAGCAGAGCAUUUUCCCUGAGGGGGAUGUGGGGACCACACCUUUUCUGCUGGUACCUUGGAGGCUGAGGCAGGGGGAUUUUGAGUUCUGGGCCAGCCUGGACUACUUGGCAAAACCAUGUCUCAGAACACUCUCCUUCCAAGUCCCAUAAUGAAAAUGUGAGGAGCCCCAGGCCCAGAUGGUGUGUGACCCCAUGUGUGGAGAUGUCCAGAACAGGGAACCAACCCCACGGAGCCAGGAAGCAGAGGGAACGGGGAGGGGGGCAGGGAGCAGGAGCAACUGCUGCCUUGAUGACCAUGGAAUAUUCUGGAAUUAGACUAAGGUAAUGAGUACAGGAAAACACACCAAAUGCCAUUUAAUCAUGCACUUUAACAUAGUGAAUUUUAUUCAGAAUUCACUAAAUUAAAGAAAAGAGCUGGGUGUGGUGGCACAUGACUUUAAGCCCAGUGCUCGGGAAGCAGAAGCAGGCGGAUCUCUGUGAGUUUGGGGCCAGCCUAAUUUACAUUACAUUUCCAGACAGCCAGGGCUACAUGGAGAGAUCCUGUCUCAACAAAACAAAACAAAAAACAAAAACCAACAAAAAACAGGGUGGAUGAGGUGGCCCAGCUGGCAGAGACACCUGCUGCCUACCCAAGGGUAGGGCCAGUGUGGUGGACAGAGGAAACUUGUCUCCACUCAUCCUCCACCUGCCCCCAGUGGCAAACAGCCUCCAUGUCUGCGUCCACUGCCCAGAGUGCACCCAAGUGAUCCUUCCCAUUUGAGUAAGUGAUGUACUCCAGGCUGUCCUCCAUCCAAAGCUGAGGCUGGCCUGGAACCCAGCUUCCUCCUGCUUCCGCUUCCUGGGUGCAGGGAUGUGGAGGUGCAUGGAUCUCCAUGUUGCAUUGCAUUUAUUGAGCAUGCAGUGCAUCAGCUGGUGCCCAGUAGGGACUGUCUGGGUUAAGUGGCCUGCCUGCCCUCUCCUUGUCCUCAUGCCUCCUCGUUGUCGGUCGGGGACAGGAAGCAGGCAGGACAGAGGCUGGUACUGUUGGCCUUGCUCCAUUCACUCUCCCCCUCUGCCCUCUCCUACAGAACCGUCACUCAGAAUAGCCAGGCGUGAUGGGGAGGAAAAAAAUCCAGAUCUCACGCAUUCUAGACCAAAGGAACAGGCAGGUGACAUUCACCAAGCGCAAGUUCGGGCUGAUGAAGAAGGCUUAUGAGCUGAGCGUGCUUUGUGACUGCGACAUCGCGCUGAUUAUCUUCAACAGCGCGCAGCGCCUCUUCCAGUAUGCGAGCAGCGACAUGGACCGGGUGCUGCUCAAAUACACCGAGUACAGCGAACCGCAUGAGAGCCGUACCAACGCGGAUAUCCUGCAGACACUGAAGAGGAGGGGCGUGGGCCUGGAUGGGCCUGAGCUGGAGGUGGAGGAGGGGCCAGAGGGGCCUGAAGAGAAACUGCUGAGGACGCUGGGAGGCGACAGAGGCUCGGCCUCGCCCCUGCCUCGGAUCUAUCCGGUGACCCCUGCGAUGUCGGUCUCAGAACUGUCAUACCGGGUCCCACUCGCCCCGCCCGGCUGCGACCCUGGCGGGCUGGGGGAGGCCCCGUCUGUCCACAGCCGCCCGCCCCACUUUCGACCCCCAGGCCUGGGACACCCCAUCUUCUCUCCGAGCCACCUCGCAGGCAAGACGCCCCCACCCCUGUACCUGGCGACUGAUGGGCGGAGGCCAGAUCUGCCAGCGGGCCUGGUUGGGGCCCGAGGGGGACUGGGCACCUCGAGGAGCCUGUACAGCGGCCUGCAGAGCCCCGGCGCCGCCCCGGGCUCCGCUCUGGGUAGCUUUGCCUUCCUGCCACCAGGUUCCGCAGAUUGCAGCCCCGGAGACGCCGCUCCGCUCCCCCUGCAGCCCUCGCCCUGGCCCCCGGCGAGGGACGCGGUGGACCCGGCCAGGCCAGGCAGCGCCCGCAGCCUGUGUGAGGAAGGUCCCCCCAGCCGAGUGGCCACCCCUCCGACGCCCCCGGUCAGCAUCAAGUCCGAGCGUCUGUCCCCCACCACUGGGGCCUCUGGCGACUUCCCCAGGCCCUUCCCCUACCCCCUGCUCCUCGCCAGGCCCCUGGCGGAGCCACUGCGUCCCGCAGCCUCCCUGCGCCGCUUGACCCCCGACGGCUGGCCGCGGUAGCGUGCAGAAGGCUCUCCAGCCUCCACAGAGAUCCCCGCAGUUUCGGGUUCCCUGCACAUAACCCUUCCUGGGGCUGCUGCAUCAAUAAAGUCCACGGCUCCGGGAGAGCGCUGGGCAGCCCCCUGCCCCCAGAGCCUCCCGAGCCUGGGGUAUCCACA